AUGCCGACAUCACUUCCGGAUCCCGUCUUGGCCUUGUCCAUGGACAAUGUGCUCAAGAUGAACGACCUCAGCCUCGACCAACUCGCCAACCUCUGGAACGUCUUCACCAAGUGCGCGGAAUCGCUCGAGUCUGGUCGACGUCUCGAAAACCUCUCUUGGCGUCUAUGGUUUCGUGAGGCCCACAUUCUUCCACCGGAUACCUCGCUUUCCGACCUCACCGACUUCACUCCGCUCGAUACGCCUCUUAUCAGCCGUGCAAACAGCAUAACCGGCAGCUACAUGCCUGUCCGCCUCUCCACAACUGCAACUCUGCGCUCCGGAAGUGCGCUCUCCGAUCCCGAAGACGGCAACGACUCCGACUACUCGACCGACAGCGAGAGCGGCAUCGCGUCCACCAGCGCAGCGCCAGUCCCAUCGGUACCUACGUCCACACCCGUCAAGCGGAGGGUCAAGCUGGAUCGUACCGGUCGAGCUACCACAUCAUCUUCAUCCCAUGGCACCACCGUCGCUCCCUCUACACCCUCGGUAGCUGCUCAGCGAACCAGACUCGCGGAGAGUAUCGCGGAGCGCACCAGUCGUACUAUGAGCGCCGCAUCCCGUCGCGCCAAUCUCGCCGACAUGGACGCCGAAGUGUCGCGACGCAAGCGAGGCAUCUCAUCUUCGUCGGCCUUCGGGAGCAAAGCUCGCGUCAAGCAGCGCAACCAGGAAGGCGCAUCGCGCCGACGUCCGUUGAGCUUCCAGACCGCGCUCGAGAACCUGGUCCUCACCAGCCGUGCCGAUAACUUCGCUUCGCUUCGUGGCACGCAGGGCAGCAUGCCUCAGCUCAACGCCAGCACAAGCGCACUGGACGCUCCUCGCAGAUGUCAAGACAACAGCGACGAUGGCGAGAGAAACAGCGCGCCAGCUGAACUGAGCCCCAUCAAGAGCUCCAGCAUUGCUCAAGUCGCCCUUGCCUCCCAGCUGCGCAACGUGCUCGAGCCAUCUGCGGCCGACCGGGCGACAAUUCCUCUUUCCCCGAAAUCGGUACGAGCUGCAGCCAGCGAAGAGCAUUGUGAUGCGCCAGAGACGCGUGGUCCUCUUUCUCCUACCAAGAUGGCGGUGGCUUUGGCGCCCACCAUUGGGGCCAUUUCGAGACGUGGCUCACAAACGAUGCUGUCAGAUGCGAACAAGGCUGCCCAGUGCCAGGCUCAAGCUGCAUCGGCCUCUCGACCGGACGAGCACGCCAAGACCGACUCAGUCGAGGACCGACCUGCGUCACCGCAGCAGCUCAUGCCUCCUCCAUCAGGAUUGCCCGAGCCCACGCCGGCCGCAUCUGUCAUCAAGCAGAAACUCUCAGCCGAGCAGCCCGCCUCCGCCACGGAACAGGCUGAAGAGGCCGUCGCCACCGACGACCAUCACAAUGAAGGUUCACGCGCAUCGAUGGGCAUGGUGCGCUCCGACUCCGCUUCCAGUGCCUCGACACAAGCUUCUCAUCGUUCGACAGCCAACGGCGUCGGUGUGCGCCGAUCCAGCCAGGCUCGAAUCACGUCGAAAUCCUCUGCCGGCACUCUGCACGCCGGCAAUCGAUCCAAAUCUUCAUCUGGCUUGCAUCGAGCAGCCAAGAACAGCAAGAGCUCAGACAGAAUCGCUGGUGCGCCUGCCAGACCUGCGCCUCGUCACAACCUGUUGUCUGGACUCGCCAUGACCCGGACCACCACCGAACCCAAACCAGCGCACGCCGUGGCCCGUAAGCCUGUACCAGCCGAGGCGCAAGUUGCCAGGGUAGCAGCUGCCGCUGCUGCCAAGAAGGCGCCUGUCAAGUUCACUAUGGGCGGCGACGAGAGCGACUCGGACGCAUAUGAGGACGAAAGCAGCGACGACGCCGAGGCAGCCCCAUCGAAACCUGCCGCUGGUGUCUCAGGACAGGCGGCCGCUUCCAAGGCCAGCAACGCGAGCAAGUCCAAGCAGGACUCGGACGAGAUCGUCGAGCUCGAGGAGGCCAACAACGAUGAGAAUGAUGACGACUGGGCGAGCGACAGCGAAGCUGAGGAGCAGGAUCGUCGAAUGCGCCAGGCCGCAGAGGCUGAACGUCGCAAGCGCGAGGAAGAGGAGCGACACAGAAGUAUGUUCCAGAAGCAAGCGAUCCGCUCCAAGUCGGCCGCCGAUCUGCGCCUGCUGGCACCCAACGAGGUCCGUUCGGCUGGACCGAGCCCUCCCGAGCAGCCCGUGCGCGGCUUGCUCAGCUCGCUCUUUCAUCCAGACGAGCAGCACCCUCCUCCUGGCCAACUGACGGGCCGCCCGCACGCCUCGGCUGCCGACCUGCGGAGCAGGCCAAGCAUGUCGUCGCAACGCAGCCUUUCCAAUGCAGCCCGAUCGCCUCCAGCUGUGCGCCGACCCCGUGCCCACCGUGACAGCAACGACAGCACCAGCCACGCGCCGCGAUCGUUGCGCGAAGGCAGCUUCGCAGGCCUCACCGGCCUCAAAACGAGCAAGAGCGCGGUGGCGCUGCCUUUGCUGGACACGCACAUCACGCGCUCCUCGACCGGAGGCAAGGCCAAGCAAGACGAGCAGAGCGUAGCUGGCGGAAGCCACCACUCGGAUGGUAGCGCCAGCAGUCCCGACUCGCCAGUGGCGGCCGCUUCGUUUGGCAGACCAGGAAGCAUGGCUCUGGCUCGGCUACACGCGCUUAGCAGCAUGAAGGCGCACUCGAAGCGAAACUCGAGCUCGAACGGGCAAGCAGCAGAUCAGAACGUAGCAGGAUCACAGCAGCGACGUCACCGAUCGGAGGCCGAUACGCAGCUGGAUCGCGAAGCAUCGUCGCGUUCGCUGCGCCUUGAAGUGAGCCCAGACGACCGUGACUUUGCGAUUCCUUCGCGUGCCUCGCUGACCAACUUGGCACAGAGUCACCAUCGUCAGUCGGCUCCGUCGCUGGCCACGCGUCAUUCGGACCAGCAACAGUCGCGCAGCUCGCAGCGCGAUGCUCUUGGCUCUGGGUCACGCUCCAACAGCGAGGGCUUGCCCUCGGGACACGCGUCCUUGCAGCAGAACGGCGCCAGCAUGCACGGACCGGUGUCGAUCUCGCGUCCUCGGUCGUCGGUUGACUUGCCCGAAGCAGCGGCACCGCAGACACCUCGAACCACACGACGCAACAUGCUCCGCGACGAGCUUUCGGAAUCGCUCCGCCAAAACCUGCUAUGGGAGCGCCAGAGCCGCUCUAGAAUGAUGGGACUUGGCGCUCCCAUGGCCGCCAUCAACCAGCCCCAGCCUCAGGGUCCGGGUCAUCGACGAGACAAUGUGCUCAACGGCAACGCGCUGCGACCGUUGACCAGCACAGGCUCAUCCACGGCCGAUCGAAGGAACGGCGGUGAACCUAAACCCAAACGCUACUCGGAGGAAUGGGGAAGCUUCCACCACAAGGGCUGGUAA